AUGUUCAAAUUAAAAUGGUUCUCUCGGUACCAAUAUGGUGAGUACAAAGUGGACGAAGUUGGCCUCAACAUCAACCCUGUCAACACCCUGGGCGAAAACAUUGCAGACAACGCCGGGAUCAAGAUUGCUUACCAGGCCUACAAGAAGUGGGCCGAGAAGAACGAGGAGCAGGUGACGGUGCCCUACGUCAACCUCACGCACGACCAGCUCUUCUUCCUCAACUUCGGCCAGAUUUGGUGCGAGAAUAACAGGCCCGAGGCGAUGCUCACGAAGAUCCGGAGCGGCCAGCAUUCGCCCAACAAGUACAGAGUGAUAGGAACACUUUCCAACUCGGAGGACUUCAGCAGAGCCUACAAUGCCCGUUGGUCCCGAUGA